AUGUUAAGAAGAUUCUCAGCUACAGUUCCAUUAAUCAAGAAAUUGUAUUUCACUUUCUCUGUCAAUGAAGGUAUAUAAUUUUGAUAAUCAGAAUACAAGAUCUAAAUCCUCAAUAGACUCAAACAAAUAAAGCAAUCCAAUUCUGAGAAAGACAUUGUGUCUAAUGGUCAUAUUGAAAAUCUAUCAAUUGAUCAAGGUAUUCUAAUGAUCAAGUAAAUUAGAUGGAAGAGUUAUUAUUGAUCUCAAAUUAGACUAAGAUUACAGAAAGAUUAAGUCUCUUUGUUCAGAUGCCCUUAAAUAAUUUGAAUGGAUUAAGAAUUUGGAUAUUCGUAUGGCUCCAAAAAAAGAGAAUAUAUCCACCCAAACUAAUUCCUAGAAAAGAGGAAAUCUGUAGAAUGUUAAUAAGAUCAUUGCUGUUUCUAGUUGCAAAGGAGGAGUAGGUAAAAGUACUAUUGCAUUAAAUCUUACUUUUUCCUUGCAAAAAUUAGGAUUCAAAGUAGGGAUAUUUGAUGCAGAUGUUUAUGGUCCAUCAUUACCAACCUUAAUUGGCAAAGAGAAAUAAUAAUUGUAUGCUCCAGAAGACAAACCUAAAGAAAUUCUUCCCAUAGAAUUCAAUGGUGUUAAAACCAUGAGUUAUGGUUAUGCUAGUGGCAAUUAAAAAGCUGUUAUUAGAGGUCCUAUGGUUAGUAGCAUUGUUGUUUAAUUAGUAUAACAGACUUAAUGGCAAAACUUAGAUUAUUUAAUUGUUGAUAUGCCUCCAGGAACAGGAGACAUUCAAAUCAGUUUAUGUUAAGAAUUAAAUUUUAAUGGAGCAGUAAUCGUUACUACUCCUCAAAGAUUAAGUUUCAUUGAUGUUGUUAAAGGAAUAGAAAUGUUUGAUGUUCUUAAAGUGCCUACAUUAAGUGUGGUUGAAAAUAUGGCUGAAUAUGUUUGUCCUAAUUGCAAUCACUUACAUAGACCUUUUGGACCAGGUUACAUGAAUAUGUUACAAAAACAAUUUGGAAUAGCUACAGCCCUAUCUAUACCCUUAUAUGAAGAUAUUUCAAAAUAUUCAGAUUUAGGAAGUCCUGUUGUAUUAACUUUGCCUGAAGAUCAUACUAUAAAUAAUUUAUAUAGAUAAUUAGCCAAUAAUGUUGUGAAUGAAUUAAACAGAACUGAUUUAUCUAAAACUCCUACAGUCAGUUAUGAUACUACUAGAAGAGUGAUCAUUAUUAAAGAUUUCGAAGGCAAAGAAAAACCUAUAAAAUCAAUAGAACUUAGAUCUAAAUGUAAUUGUGCUUUAUGUGUAGAUGAAUUUACUGGAAAAAGAUUAAAUCAUGUAAUUUUUUAUUUAAAUUAAGAAUCAAAAACUUGAUCAAGAAGUUUAUCCAUAAAAGAUUGAACCAAAAGGAAACUAUGCUGUAGCAAUAGUUUGGUCUGAUGGUCAUCGUUCUUCUAUCUAUCCCUAUAAAAGAUUAUGGAGUGAUGAAAUUAAUGAGCAUAAAUAAUGAU